GCCACUCCCCAGACCCUUGGCCUCCGUUAGAGGAAUAACGGUUGUUGUUCUCAUUGAAGAGACAAAGAAACAGCCACAGAGAUAAGGAAACACUAUGGCUGCAGUCAGCUGGCAGGUCAAACAGCAGAAGUGGUGGCAGUCCCCAUCCCGGCUCUGCAUUCAAUCCCUCGACACCCCGUCCCUGUCCACGGAGAACCAUGCGCAGAAGGAGCCGGGGAGGUGCUGGCGUGGGGCUGUGCGGCGCUGGAGCCCAUCCGCGCUCCCAGCCUGCCCAUCACGUGUCAGCUCUUGGAAGCCACCCCAUCUCCUUCCUCUGGUGCGGUUGCUGCUUCCACCACUACAGCGAGUGCAAGGAGGGAGCCCGGCCUCACGUCUUGGCCCUGCUGGCACACACGCCCAUCCCUGCCGGCAGUGGGAGAACUGUACUGUGUUUCAGCAUGCGAACAGCCUGGGGAGCAGGAGACGGAGCACUGCUUUGCUUCGUGAGGAUUUCCUCGGUUUCGCUGGACGGCUGAGGAAUGUCUAACACUAACCACAUCCAGAUGUGUCGACUUGGCAGCCCACUGCUGAGACGUUACCGAGGGGACGCCGGAUCAGCGCUAUCAAAUAGGAUUUGAAGAACGGAUCAAAUGAGGCAGAAGAUCUCCAGGAAAAGUAUGGACAUUGGUGCCAGGCAGCUCAAACACAGCUUUUAACAGUCCCAGAAACACUGCAGAGACAAUGAGAGUUCGUCUCAAAGGGGAUGCGAUCUGUACCCUCUUCCUGCUGGUAGCGCUUUGCUCUUUACUCUACUCCCAGCUGGAACAUUUAGUCCCCGUAGGAAACAAGCAGCUGACACAGAAGAAGCCUUCAGCAACACCAAAAACAUUCUCUGACUCCAGAGCACCCUGGAGACCGAUGCCAGCAGAGGCAACGGAACCCAGGCUCCAAGUAACUCCUGUCCUUAGACAAAGAGAAGUGGCCAACAAAAGGGUCCAAACAACAACUCCAUCCCCGUUGAGUGAUUCUGCCUUCAACUUCAAGCGCUAUCUCCUAAACAAGGAUAAUAGGAACUUCAAUCUCCUCAUUAACCAGCCCAAGAAAUGCAGGAGAACACCUGGAGGUCCCUUUCUGCUCAUUGCUAUCAAAUCAGUAGUUGAAGACUUCGACAGACGCGAGAUUGUCCGGAAAACUUGGGGCAGGGAGGGUCUGGUGAAUGGGGAGCAGAUCCAGCGGGUGUUCCUCCUAGGAACACCAAAGAAUAAGACAGUGCUGGCCACGUGGGAGACCCUGAUCCAGCAGGAGAGCCAGUCGUACCGGGACAUUUUACUCUGGGACUUCAUGGACACUUUCUUCAAUCUGACCCUGAAGGAGAUCCACUUCCUGAACUGGGCUGCUGAGUUCUGCCAUAACGUGAAGUUUAUUUUUAAAGGUGAUGCCGAUGUUUUUGUCAAUGUUGAGAACAUUGUUGACUUCCUUGAGAGACAUGACCCCACUGAGGACCUCUUUGUUGGAGACAUCAUCUACAAUGCCCGCCCUAUCCGUGUCCGAAAGAGCAAAUAUUACAUCCCAGAAACGAUGUAUGGGCUAAGCAUCUAUCCAGCCUAUGCAGGGGGAGGAGGGUUUUUGCUGUCCAGCCACACCAUGAGGAAGCUUUCUAGGGCUUGUAAAGAAGUGGAACUCUUCCCCAUUGAUGAUGUCUUUUUGGGCAUGUGCUUACAGAGAAUCAACCUCAAACCCACCUUGCAUGAAGGAUUCAAGACCUUUGGCAUUGUCAAGCCCUCUGCUGCCCCACACCUACAGACAUUUGACCCCUGUUUUUACAAAGAUCUCAUGGUAGUCCACAGUCUGAAAGUUGCUGAGAUCUGGCUAAUGUGGAACCUGCUCCACAAUCCACAUCUUUCCUGCACUCAGAAGAAGCAAGUGAAGAAGCCCUUCCAAUGGAAAAAGAAAGCUCAAACAACAACACAGGUAUCACCCCCCAGGCUUGUGGUCAGCAAGAAAACCAUACUGAGAAAUGAGAUGGAACUGAACUCUUGAGGGAUGAGUGCAUCAAACGCCUCCAAGAGCAACAAACAGCUCCCCCACCAGUCCUGACCAGCCCAAUGCUCGCUCUGCAACUCAUCCAAACCCCACUUCUCACUGAUCUUCUCUCUUUCCUUCCAUGUCCCAGCCCAUUCACUGACAAUCCCAGUGCUGAGACCAGAGAAAAAUAAAGUACCACAGGCCUUCA